UUAAGAUGGCGGAUUACAAGGAAUAGAUAACUGGCCAGUAAUAAUUCCGAAAUAAAUAACACUUUUAAGAAUGCACUAAUUACUGGACCAUUUAUAUUCGCGAAAAUGACAUUUUUCCUACGAUAUUUCGUACGAAUCGUACAUAGAUUCGCAUCAUUUACAGAACUAGCGUGAAAAUGUGGGUACAACAAGGGAUUUGGCCGCCGUAAACACGCUUCCGAUCGAGUGCUACAUUUUUCGUUGAUUUUGUCACGGCGGCAAGCACUCCCCUUUAGUAAAUUGUAAAUAAUUGUAAAUUAAACAUCAGGUAACGAAGCGCCAGCAGAAAAGGAUGCUUUACUUGGAAGAUUAUGUUGAAAUGAUCGAGCACCUACCACAAGAAUUAAGAGACCGGUUCACAGAAAUGAGAGAAAUGGACUUAGGUGUACAGAAUUCAAUGGACAGUUUAGAAAAAAAAGUAAAGAUUUUUUUUGCAAAUGUAAAAAAAAUGAAACCUAGUGAAAAGGAAGCAGAAUAUGAAGCUAUUAGAAGAGAAUAUUACAAAACUUUAGAAGAUGCAGAUGAGAAGGUGCAUUUAGCUAAUCAGAUGUAUGACUUAGUAGAUAGAUAUUUGAGAAGAUUAGACCAGGAAUUGCACAAAUUUAAAAUGGAGCUAGAAGCAGAUAAUAAAGGUAUCACAGAAAUACUGGAGAAAAGGUCAUUGGAGCUAGAUCAACCACCUACGAAUAGUAGCCAAAAAGAGAAUCGAUAUAGCUUUACAACAUCCAGUAGGUCACGAGACAAUCAUAGUCAUUCUCGAGCAGAAAAAAGGAGAGAUUCAAAUGCAUCUUCUACAUCAAUAGAAAAACGCUUAGCUAUAGAAAAAAUUUCUCCAAGUCUUCCUGAAUCGCGACCAGCUUCUGCAAAUUCAGGACCAAUUAUCGCCGCUACUAGCGUGCCAUCUACCCCUACAGCAAUCGCGAAUUCUGUUGGUUCUGUGAGUUAUAAUCUUGGUCACAUAGGAGCUGGUGGAAAUGCUAUAGCAGCUGCAGCAUCACAAGCAAUUGCUGCGACGCAACAAAUGCAGCACGGCAGACGUACUGCCAGCUUAAAAGCUAGUUAUGAAGCCAUUAACACUGGAGGUGUACAUGCAGCCGAAUUUAGUAGAGAAUUAGCUGGCGCUGCUCAGACCGCCAUUGCAGCUAUACAGCAAGAAACAACUAAAAAGCAUAAAAAAAAAGUAACUGCUGUCCCAAGUUCGAGUGUAGUUGCUGCCUCUGUUCAGCAACCUGUAUCACCUCCAGUUAUAACUACAAAUACACAAGUUGUAGAUUCAGAUAAUCCAGAUUGGACUUAUGAUCCAAACGAACCGAGAUAUUGUAUAUGUAAUCAAGUAUCUUAUGGGGAUAUGGUUGCCUGUGACAAUUCAGAUUGUCCUUUUGAAUGGUUUCACUAUCCAUGUGUGGGUAUCACUGCACCUCCAAAAGGAAAGUGGUACUGUCCUCAAUGUACAUCUUCUAUGAAGAGACGUGGAGGUCGGAAAAACUGAUCGUACUAUAACCAGUGCAAAUAUAAUGAGAAAAAAUUGAUACUACCUCUUAGGCAUUGUCCGUCAAGUACCAACUUAGUUAGGAAGCUAUUAAUUCUGAUUUUAUAUCAAUUUUUAAAUAUGUUUAAAGUUUAAGUCUUGAUCUUAUCUGGUCUUGAUCUUGUCCCAGGAAACUUAAAGUUCUGUCUGUAAAGCAAAAAAAGCAGCUUUUUUACUGCAUUUUAUAGACAUAACGGAAGGAUCAGAUGGUGCAAAAAGUGGUCCUCGAACAAAUUUCGUUUUACGAGAUUUUUCGCAUAAGAACAUUGCAAAUAUUUCUUAAUACUUUUUGCACCAUUCUAUACCACGACCAUAUUAGAUAGUUUCUACGAAUUUACAUUGAAAAGUAACCUUUUCCUCUGGUAAUACGUAAUACGAUUUAUUGACUGAAACACCAGAGGCGAUUUUCAUUGUGAAUUUUUCGAAAUUUUUGUUUUUAGUUUACGCAAUGUCGAGCAAUCUUUGUAUAUUUACGUCCUCGUGUUAGUUCAGACGUGUUUAGUAUCUCGCUGAAUUGACAACUAGGCGAGCAAUAACAUUUUAAGUGUUCUACGCUUUGAGAAAGAAAUAAACAAGAGAGUGAGAGAGAGAGAGAGAGAGAACCGAUAACAAAUUGUGAGAAUACUACUUUCGAAAUGUAGCAACUUGAUGUAUAAAUAAAGCGAUCGAUGCAAGAUUUA